GUAGUUAAGGAAUAUUCGUGACAGAUAAAAAAACUUUGGAGCAGUGUGGUGUAUCUGCUUAGUAUGUAGGUUUAUUUUCUUGCCACACCUCCUUCUAACGUGUCUUUUCACGGUUUUCUAGUUAUCGACAUGUGAGUAAAGUUCAUGUGCACAGCUAACGACAUGGAGGUGAAAGAAGUAGAGAGUUGUUGCUGUGUGGUCACGCUGUCAGAGGCUUUUUCUACCAAAAGCCCCGUGAGCUGUAGCGGUGUUAUCGUCCAUCCCCAAACUGGGACCGUAUUAUGCACCGGCCUCCCGUUUUCCAGUUUUAUUACCGACAAAGAGCCGCUCUCCGCAGACCAAAGCUUCCUCUCGCCUCGUAGCUUUAGCGAGAAACUCAAAAUCCGCGUCAGCUUCUCCACUCAGCCAAAUUUGGAGGCAAACCAGUGCGCGCAGGGAGAAGCAUUCACACCCCUGAGGAGCAAAACAACUCAUCAACACCAAUAUGUGGCUGAGCUGCUCAUGCUGGUGAACUGCCUGGAGUUUAAACAGGCUUUCCGGGCACUCUUCCAGGACGCUGACCAGUGGCGUUUCCAUGGAGGGGAGGAGGAUGAGGAGCUGUUGAAAGAUGCUCAGUUCCUCAGCUGGUUUGCGUUGCUCAAGACAGAUGUGGUACCCAACAGCAGCCCUUACACAGGCACCAUAUCCUGGCAGAGCAGCUCAUCUCUUCAGAAAGGCUGCCCAGUUGUUGCAUGUGGUUCGCCAUUUGGCUCCCUUUGCUUGGACCUCUUCAUCAGCACCCUCAGCAGAGGUAUCAUCAGUAACCUCGCUGGAGAGGACAACGCUGUCAUUCUCACAGAUGCUCGCUGCUUGCCAGGCACAGAAGGUGGGGGGUUGUUCAUGAUGAAAGGUGCAGGCCGCCUCCACUUCAUCGGGCUGAUUGUGUCUCCGUUUGGCUGGAAGGCAACUGAGUGGAUUGGCCUCACACUAGUCUGCUCUGUGCAGUUGAUCUUCAGGAACAUCAUCCGCUGCAUGAGCAUCCAAGAUCCACUACGAGGUGUUUGGCUCCAUCCGGGAGAGAGAGGCCUUCAGAUGUGCACCACUGCCCAAGAGUCAAAAGCUGUUAAAUAUCCCACAGUGUGCUUCGUGAACAGUGGGCAGUUCUGGGGCUCAGGGGUUGUUGUGGCCUCUCAGCUGGUUCUAACCUGCCGGCACGUUGUCAAUGGGAAGUCAACAGUCAACCUGAAGUUUCAUCACAGGGAAAGAGUCCAUGAUGUUGUAGGUGAUGUGCUGUUUUUUACUAAAGUGUCUUCACCCUAUGAUCUGGCUGUGGUGCAGCUGAGAGACUCUACCCCAGAGUUUGUGGUCCCUCAUCUGGCUCAGAGUUUCAAUCCAGGUGAAUCUGUAUUAGUGGUGGGCUAUGGUGGGUUGGGUCGAAGCUGUGGUCCGUCCCUGACUUGCGGCAUCCUCUCCAAAGCUAUCAACCUGAAUUACCAGCCUGUCAUGCUUCAAACCACUUGCGCAGUACAAGCAGGGGCCAGCGGGGGUGCUGUGGUGCGGAGAGGGUCAGGAGAGCUGCUUGGUAUAGUGUCCAGCAAUACAAGGGACUUGGCUGCCAAAGUGACCUACCCCCACCUCAACUUCAGCAUCCCAGUGACUGUGUUCCAGAGAUUGUUGCAGCAAUUUAAUCAGACAAGAGAUGUCAACGUGUUCAGGGUGUUGGACACCACAGAAGAAGACGUCAGAAGGGUUUGGAGACUACAAGGCUCUUCGAGCAAACUAUAAUUGAGGAUCUGUGCAUCUUGAAAAGGUUGAAUGAUUAAAUAAAUAUAGAUUAUAUGCAAAAUCACUUUAGAUAAUCAAAGUGAUAUUACAAAACUGGUAUAUUCAGAUAGAAACUUCAACAUGUUUCAUACCUCAGUUUGUUACAGGAGUUAAUACAGCUAAAAGAAUAAUAAUAUUUUACUGACAUUAACACACUCAUGCAGAAUUAUGCAGCAAAUAAUGUAAAAUAUUCACAAGACCACUUAAUGCUAACAGACAAGUUUAAGCUGCUUUAAUACCUAUAAUUCUUGUUUUUUGUACUGUAAUUUACAGUGAGGUAAUUCAAUUAAUAAAAUUGUUUAUUUUU